ACACGCGAUUUGAAACUAAAGAGCAAUCGAAUAUCAGAGAUCUAAGAAGCUUUGAUCCCGAUCAGACGCGUCACAAGGCUCGACGAAGGUUCUAGAAUCAGUCUCUGCACAGCGAGACUGAUCUCUUCGCUUAGGUCGCUUAUCGUUUUGAGAUACGCGAUGGUUUAAGUGAACGCAACUGCGGUUCUUGUGAAUCUCUCUUUAGUGAAAUCCAAUAAGGUGAAGAUCCUACGGUUAAGAAUUGUUCCGCUGUUGAUUGACGUUCUCAAAUUCGGUUCGUCGGAGGCGCAGGGCGGAAAGAGACAAUUUGCUUGAGGGGAAUUUUGCAAACUUCUUAAUCAACAUCUCAGUGACUUUCGAGAUCUUUGUUUUGAGACGGGUCGCACCACUGUCUGAGAACAAUGACCGGCUGACCAUUGUUGUAGGCUGUGUUUCUAAGGAAUUUGAUCAGAAAAAGGAGAGAGAAGAAAAAAAAGGAACAAAAGGAACAAACUUUCCGUCGCCCAUGAAACAAUGGAGAUCCGAGAAGAUCAUCAUCCUUCAUGAUUAUUGACCCUUCAAGAUGGUGCUGAUAUGUAUAUAAAGUGAUGAUGAACGUUUCAGAAGAGUUGUGAAGUGAGAGGAUUGAUGUGUUCUGGUGGAGGAGAGGUAAAACAAUGGAGCUGUGUCAAAGCGGGUGUAGUGAGUUUGCAGAAAGUUAGAUCUUUUGUUCGAGAUUUGACGAGCCUUGUCUUUCACAGUCACACAUUCAGGUUGUUAUCACUAUUGGCAAAAUGCUUAAGCCAGAGAAGUGGCAGGCGUCUUCUGAUAGUGAAGGAAGAGUUUCUGGUUUCCAAAAAAGCCCUCAAGUUAAUUAGUUUGGGGGGCAUUGAUCCGUCUAUUAGAGCUGAAGUUUGGAAAUUUCUACUUGGUUGUUAUGAGUUGAGCAGCACCUCUGAGCACCGUAACCAACUCAGGCUUGCCCGAAGUACAAUGACUUGCUCAAGCAAUGCCAGACGAUGCAUUCAAGCGUGGGAACUGGUUCGCUUGCCUAUGUUGUGGGGUCUAAAGUCAUGGAUAUGCGGAAAUCUUAUAGAGAUGAGUCGGUAAAGGUUGCUACUACUACAGAUGAAAACAUAGAAGAAGCUUGUCUAGAUGAUGAUCAUGAGAAUCAUCACAGUGAUUGUAGUAAUAAUGGUACUGAUGCGCCUCAUGUACACGGAAGGGGAAGCUAAUUAGACUCUUUUCAUAACACUUUUACUUCUAAAUGACGUGGUUUGUUUUUCACAUGCAUUUUAAUGUUAAUAUUAGAAAUUUUAAAAGGGGUUAAGAUAGGAAGAAACCGGCCAUGCAAUGAUAUCGAUCUUACUCACGGUUUAGUUUGUACCAAUCUGAGAAAAAUCAGAACUGAACACCAAACUAUAACCAACCGUUCUGUUUUUCGUAUCA